UGGGGAAGGAUUGGUCCUGUACUGUCUUAGCAUGUCCCCUCCACCCAACACACAUACACUAUUUCUCACUCUAUCUCUAAGACUCUAACAGUUUAAUUCCAAAAGUCACAACCACAUUGCCUUUUCUUUCCUUUUGUUUCUGUGCUUCCUAUGCAAUUGUCUCUGUCUUCUGCUCCCUCCUCUGUGUACCUUCAAAUGGAGAUAAUGGAAUCAUACUUUGAAUUUCUUGUUAUCAUUUGAUAAAUAAAUACUCUUUCUCUCUUUCUUUCUUUAACCCUUGUUUGGAACAUGAAUUUCUUUUCAUGAUUAAAAAAUAACCUCAUUUCCAUAACACUGUAGCUUCCACUUUUCUUAAUUUCACUUUUGGUGCCACCCUCUUUACUGUCUUUAAAUAAACUUGUGAUUUUUUCUCUUGGGGUGUUCUUAAUUCCAUUUGACUCUCUUAAGAAACAAACUAAGUGUUCAUGGAAAUUGAUCUGAACCAUGAAGUGACUGAAAUUGAGAAGAAUGAUGCAUUAUGCAUUAAGGAUUGUGAAAAAGGUUGCACUUCAUGUGUUUGUUGUUUGUCCCCUUCCACUUGUUCAUCUUCUAGUUCCACUUCACCACUUGCUUCUUCUUCUUAUCUUGAGCUUUGGCAUGCUUGUGCUGGACCUCUAAUUUCUCUUCCUAAGAAAGGAAAUGUUGUGGUUUAUCUUCCACAAGGUCACUUAGAACAAUUUGCUUCUUUCUCUCCUUUUAAACAAUUGGAGAUACCGACCUAUGAUCUUCAGCCACAGAUCUUUUGCAGGGUUGUCAAUAUACAGCUACUUGCCAACAAGGAGAAUGAUGAGGUUUAUACACAAGUUACUUUGCUUCCUCAGGCUGAGUUGGCAGGUAUGCAUAUGGAGGGAAACGAAGUUGAGGAAUUAGAAGGAGAUGAAGAGGGAGAUGGAGGGUCACCUACAAAAUCUACUCCUCACAUGUUCUGCAAGACACUAACAGUUUCUGAUACCAGCACUCAUGGUGGCUUCUCUGUGCCUCGUAGAGCUGCUGAAGACUGUUUUCCUCCUUUGGAUUAUAAGCUGCAGAGACCCUCUCAAGAGCUUGUUGCUAAAGACUUGCAUGGUGUGGAGUGGAAAUUUCGUCAUAUUUAUAGAGGUCAGCCGAGGCGGCAUCUACUCACUACUGGCUGGAGCAUUUUCGUGAACCAAAAGAAUCUUGUUUCUGGUGAUGCUGUGCUCUUUCUAAGGGGUGAAAAUGGAGAGUUGAGAUUGGGAAUCAGAAGAGCUGUUAGGCCUAGAAAUGGUCUUCCUGAAUCAGUUAUUGGUAACAAGAACUGUUAUCCUAAUUUCCUUUCUUCUGUGGCAAAUGCUAUUUCCACCAAAAGCAUGUUUCAUGUUUUCUAUAGUCCAAGAGCAAGUCAUGCCGAAUUUGUGGUUCCCUUCCAAAAAUAUGUUAAAAGCAUCAAGAAUCCAGUGACCAUAGGGACAAGAUUCAAAAUGAGAUUUGAAAUGGACGAAUCGCCCGAAAGAAGGUGUAGUAGUGGUAUGUUGAUUGGAAUGAAUGAUGUGGAUCCCUAUAGAUGGCCUAAAUCCAAAUGGAGGUGCUUGAUGGUCCGAUGGGAUGAGGAUAUGGAGACUAAUCAUCAAGACCGAAUAUCUCCAUGGGAGAUUGAUCCUUCGACUCCUCUGCCUCCUCUAAGCAUUCAGUCUUCUCCAAGACUGAAGAAACCGCGGACCAGUCUGCAGGUUGCCUCGCCCAGUCACCUUACCACUGAAAGAAGCAGUGGAAUGAUGGGCUUUGAGGAGUCGGUAAGAUCACCAAAGGUCUUGCAAGGUCAAGAAAAUUCAGGUUUUAUGUCGCUAUACUACGGAUGUGACAAAGGAACCAACCAGCCAGGUUUUGAUUUGAGCUCUUCAAGUCAUUAUCAAAAUCUUGCAUCAACUGGAAUAGGAAAAGUAGUUACCUCUUCUGAGCUUAUGAGUGUUCACCCUUUCGGUUACGCAGGCUUUAUGGAAAGUAACAACUUUCCAAGGGUCUUGCAAGGUCAAGAAAUAUGUAAACUGAAAUCCCUAACAGGAAAAGUCGAUUUCAACGUCGGUGCUUGGGGAAAAUCCAUUGCAAGUUGCACAAAUUUCAGCCUUCAUCAAGGAACCAAACACAACUUUCAAUCUGCAUAUUUUCCUUAUGGAGAUAUUCAAAAAGCUGAUCAAGCUAACAUCUUUAGCUCAAAACAUAAUGUGGGGUUUAACGCGCCGUCGACAAUUGCAGGGAACAUUAGAAAUGAUGUCAGAAGAUCUGAAUCUAAUCUCCCAAUUGAGCAUAAGCUGCAGGACAAUAUUUCUGUUUCUGCUUCAUUAGGGACUGCUGAUAUAAAGGUUCCGAAUGAUAACAAUGUCACCGGAAAGGUAAACUCCUGCAAAAUAUUCGGGUUUCCUUUGUCUGCGGAAACUAGUACUCAAAAUUUACAGAACACUGCAAAAAGGAGCUGCACAAAGGUUCACAAGCAAGGAAGUUUAGUUGGAAGAGCCGUUGAUCUCUCGAGGUUGAGCGGCUACAUUGAUCUUCUGAGUGAACUAGAGAAACUAUUUGGAAUGGAUGGCCUUCUUAGAGACUCUGAUAAGGGAUGGAGAAUCCUCUACACUGACAGUGAGAAUGACAUAAUGGUUGUGGGGGAUGAUCCAUGGCAUGAGUUUUGUGAUGUGGUAUCCAAGAUCCAUAUAUAUACCAAAGAAGAAGUGGAGAAGAUGACAUUUGGGAUGAACAAUGAUGAUACUCAUAGCUGUUUGGAACAGGCACCAGUGCUUAUUGAACCUUCUAAGUCUUCCUCAGUUGGUCAGCCAGAUUAUUCUCCAACAGUAGUUAGAGUUUAAAAAUUCAUGGCUCUCUUGACUUUGUGUUGUCCUUGCUUCUGUACAAAUUUCAUUAUCCAUGUAAAAUUUAAUCCUGCAUGUUUGAUUACUACCCUCUUGAGAAUUGUGUACUCUUGAAUAAUGGUGAUGGUUUUCAGAUUUCAUGUCA